GCAACAUUUCCUAAUUGUGAGGCGUUGAGGAAUGUUGGUCACAAUGCAGAGUCUCAUCAAUUGCAACAGGAGGAUUUUCCUGGCUUUCUCCCUAAUCCUCUUUCUGGGAUACUCAGCACAAGGUGUUCCCGUGCAGAAGGCCAGAUAUAAAUGGGUCCGUUGCAACCCCGACGGCAAUUCCGCAAACUGCAUCGAAGAGAAGGGGCCGCUGUUUGAAAUACGUGACGGCGACGCCAACAAAAUCCUCCCUCCCAGGACUGAUCCAUAUCUAACGAAAAAAUUACAGGACCUGAAUGAAAUUUUCCCCCUUUCUGAGGAUGAGGAAUCAGGAUCUGGGAAUGAUUUCUCAUCCGGCAUGGAACCAGAACCUGGAUCGGGAGUCGAAUAUUUUGAACCUUUAGCGUUGAAGCUGCCUUCUGACAAACAGGACUUUGGCCAGGAACUUACAGAGGAAAAUUUCAUUUUAUAAAAGUAGAGGGAGGGUGUCUCUGUGACUUUCUGAACAUGUCUAUGCAAUUUGGCUAAAGGAUAAUUAACUAUAGGACAAAAUAUUUUAUAAAAGAACUUUGUCACCUCAAAAGAGAAUUCACUUGAAAUCUGUACUUUUUUUCUUCUCUAAAUCUUAAUUAAAUGCAAGCUUAUACUUCUAUGCCAUUACCUAUUUAUCAGUCUAUAAAACACCUACCAUGGUACCCAAGCCUUUUCUAAACGUUUAACGGCCCACAAACUUUAAGAAAAUGGAAUCGACCAAAUCGACUGCAUUCAUUAAGAAAUGAAAAAAUGAAAUGAAUAAACCAUUUAUACAUUAGUUGACCUAUGAAAGUUGCAUUUCUCUUUUUUUCACUGAACUGUAACUUCCCCAGAUAAGGGGGAAAAAAAAGCAGAUAUGUUAAUUUGAAUUUUAUGCGACAGAUCGGAAGGGUGUGAAUAUUCAAGGCUUUCAGAAUACAGACUAGCCAUGCAACAGAAUGUAUCAGAAUAGUCUUAAAACAAGGUGCAUAUUUGAACCCGUAUAUGAAGUGCACUAAAGCGUCAUGUCAUAAUUUAUUUGUAUCCAGAGUUAACAGCUCAGCGUAUCUAGGACUGAUUACUCCUCUAUUCUUUGGUUUUGAUAUUUAAAGCACAACUGUCCCUUCUGUUCAUAUUAAACGCUGCUUUAUUAUUUUUCUCCUCGUUUUUACCUGCUGAAAUGUUACCUAUUAAAGCAAAAGUAUAAUUAAAA